AUGUCAAAUGAAACAGCGUCUAUGAGAGAAAUACAACACAACCGACAACUCAUUAUGCAAGCUCUAAAUAAGAACACAACAAACUUUUCAAACUAUUCUAAGAUAUCUGAGUCAUUGAAAGAAGGAAACUUAAAACUGACAUUAAACCCAAUGACAGAUGAGUUUCUAUUUCAAGACAAUAAGAACCAUACUGUCUGUAUAAAUCCAACAAAAGGAACUUUAAACGAGAAACCUAUAAAUGAACUUCUUUUGAAAGCAGAUGUUGGCAACAAAGCUGACAAAGAAUAUGUAGACGAUGCAAUAGCAAAAGAAGAAGAAAGAGCUAACAAAGCUUAUGCAACAAAAGAACAUACUCAUCCUGAACUAGCAGACAAAACAUAUGUUGACAAUAAAAUGUCAAGUGAAGUGACAAGAGCUGAAAACGAAUAUUCUAAAAAGACUCAUACACAUACCAUUGCAAAUAUUACAAACUUACAAGAAACCUUAAACAGUAAAAGUGCCGUUGGACAUACACAUACCAUUGCAAAUAUUACAAACUUACAAGAAACCUUAAACAGUAAAAGUGCCGUUGGACAUACACAUACCAUUGCAAAUAUUACAAACUUACAAGAAACCUUAAACAGGAAAAGUGACGUUGGACAUACACAUGACUUCUUCACAACUGUUGCUAUAGAAAAUAUUGAAGGAACGGUUGAAGAAACUGGUGGGGAUGUAUUAUAUUGGAAACCUCCUAACUUUCCACAAGGUUUAACAUCGGAUGACGACAUAACGACGAUGAGAAACAUUAGAUGUAAAGAUGUUUAUGUCAUGAAGGAUGAAAAUAACGUUAAAUUCACUGCUCAAGAUUUAUAUGACAAGAAAGCAGACAAAACAGAGCUUCAAACAUUAAAGACAGAAAUACUUCAAACAUUAUAUCCUAUAGGCUCUAUUUAUACGUCAAUGAACUCUACCAGACCAGAAACAGUUCUGGGUUUUGGUACGUGGACUCAAAUAGUCGACAGGUUUUUGUAUUGUGCAAACUCUUCAAAGGAAACAGGUGGAAGUAAAACGAUUUCAGGUGAAAAUUUACCUGCACACAGUCACUACAUAGAUUUAAGUACAUCUCAAGCAGGUUGGCAUAGUCAUAGAUAUUGGAAUUGGUCAGCAAUGACAAAAGGUAAAGGAUAUGAUGUUAAAGACAACGUUCAGUUUGCUAUAAAUUGUUACUGGAGUAACACUGAGGGAGGAGGAAACCAUACACAUCGCGUUUCAGGGUAUACGCAAACAACGGGACAAAGUAAAGACUACAUGCCACCUUACAUGACAGUUUACGCAUGGUAUAGAAAUGCUUAG